UUCACCCCUUGAAGUGCGGCUUCUUUUCGUUCGAUUGAAGAAGUCUGCCAUUGCUCUACAACACAACGAAACCCAGACCAAACACGUCUCCUCCCUUCCCCUUCACUCGUGCCGGUCAGCGCGCUUAUCACGUGCUACUUCAUCACUCUCUUUGCCCCUAUAUAAUCUCAUCAAUUGCCUCUUCAUCUCUACAUUUGUUCUUUUCUUUAACAAAUAAAAAUGAUGGCCCCAUUGGAGUGUGCUACUGCGGCCGAAACAGCAGCUCUUCCUAAGGGAGAACCCCAGUUGAAAGAUGAGUUAGAUAUUGUGAUACCCACCAUUAGGAACCUUGAUUUCUUGGAGAUGUGGAGGCCAUUUUUUCAGCCUUAUCAUCUUAUCAUUGUUCAAGAUGGUGACCCUUCAAAGACCAUCAAGGUUCCUGAUGGUUUUGAUUAUGAUCUUUAUAAUCGUAAUGACAUUAACAAGAUUUUGGGUCCUAAGGCCUCUUGCAUUUCCUUUAAAGAUUCUGCUUGUAGGUGCUUUGGGUAUAUGGUCUCCAAGAAGAAGUACAUCUUCACUAUUGAUGAUGAUUGCUUUGUUGCUAAGGAUCCAUCAGGCAAACCACACAAUGCCCUUGAGCAGCACAUCAAGAACCUUCUUUCCCCUUCAACUCCAUUUUUCUUCAACACUCUAUAUGACCCCUUUAGAGAAGGAGCAGAUUUUGUCCGUGGAUACCCUUUCAGUCUCCGGGAAGGUGUCCCAACUGCCGUUUCUCAUGGCCUUUGGCUCAACAUUCCUGACUAUGAUGCACCUACGCAACUUGUGAAGCCUCUGGAGAGGAACACUAGGUUUGUGGAUAUGGUUUUGACCAUUCCUAAGGGCACCUUGUUCCCCAUGUGUGGUAUGAAUUUGGCUUUCAACCGUGAGCUCAUUGGCCCUGCAAUGUACUUUGGUCUCAUGGGUGAUGGUCAGCCAAUCGGACGCUAUGAUGAUAUGUGGGCUGGCUGGUGCACCAAGGUGAUAUGUGACCAUUUGGGAUUGGGAGUCAAGACUGGUUUGCCUUAUAUCUUCCACAGCAAAGCUAGCAAUCCAUUUGUGAACCUAAAGAAGGAGUACAAGGGGAUCUUCUGGCAGGAAGACAUCAUCCCAUUCUUCCAAGCUCUUUCUAUUCCGAAAGAAUGCACCAGUGUUCAAAUGUGUUACAUAGAACUGGCCAAGCAGGUUAAGGAAAAGCUGAGCAAGGUAGAUCCUUACUUUGACAAGCUGGGCGAUGCCAUGGUGACUUGGAUUGAAGCUUGGGAUGAGCUCAACAGGCCAGGAGCUUCCAAUGGCAAAGAGAAGUAGAAAAUUUUUUACUGGCAGAAACUGAUGUUAUAAUUUUCAUACACAACAUUCGGAUUUACAGAUUGGCGGGUGUAAUGUUAGUUUACUAUUUCAUGGUUUGAACUCAUAGAAAUAAAAAUCACAUAUGGUUGAGGUA